AUGUGCGACACCCUCCCCGAUGGAUCAGGCUGCUAUUAUAAUAGAGAUUGUUGCAUCCUCAGUAGCUGUUUGGAUAGAGUCUGUGUUGCUCGCUUUUCAGUGGCAGCUGGAGGUGCAUGUCUUGCCAACGAGGAUUGUGACAUCCCCCAGAACCUCCUCUGCUUCGGCUUUACCUGCCAGAACAAGGACGUCCUCGCCAGCACCAUGUGUAACAGUACCAUUGACUGCAAUCAAGUUCUAAAUUUCACUCGUUGCCAAUGUGAUAGCAGUGCCUCGCCAUCCAUUGGAAGAUGUCAACCAAUCAUGGACCCAACUGUCUUGUCCAAGAACAUCUACUACGACUACAACCAGUGUCUGAUCAAUAACAAAUGUCCUAAAGUCGACUCACAGAUCCCUGCCAGCUGCUCCGGUGGCAAGUGUGGCAACCCACUCACCAAGGCCUUCAACAACCCAUGUAACUCUGGCUCUGGUCUCUUUAGCAAUGUUCACCUCACCUUUAGCGUACUCCUCCUUGCCGCUGCCAUGUUCCUCCUCUAA